UUUUACUAUUCCUCUUUUUCUACAGUCUACAAUUUCUCAUCUUCCCACCACUCCCAAAUUUAUCAGAACCGACAGUCUACUAAGCGGAUUCAAAGCAAAACCCACCAUGCUUUAACCUCCUCAUCUUUCCCGCCUCGCCUGCCAAUCAGAUUCAGAAGCCCUCACGAAAAAAAAAAGUCGCACAAAAUAAAAGAAAACUUGGGAAUCAAUUGCUGCUGUUGAUUCAGACCGUGGAUAAUCGUUCUUCAAUCUUGAUGUAGUGAAAUGAGUGCGCAAAGUACAUUGGAGAACACUCUCAAGGAAAUACUACGUGUUGUCAAACCCUUGCGUGAGGAUUGGACAACACGGUCGCAAAUCAUUGAUGAGUUACGAGGAGCUGUUGAAUCUGUGGAAAGUUUAAGAGGUGCAACUGUGGAACCAUUUGGGUCAUUUGUGUCUGAUCUCUUUACAAGGUGGGGAGACUUGGAUGUUUCAAUUGAGUUUUCCAAUGGUUCAUUUGUUUCACCUUAUGGGAAAAAGCAGAAACAACGUUUACUAGAAAAUGUUAUGAGAGCUAUGAGACAGAAAGGUGGAUGGAGGAGGUACCAAUUAAUCCCCAAUGCAAGAGUUCCCAUUUUAAAGGUUGAAAGUAAUCUCCAAAAUGUAUCUUGCGAUAUUUCAAUCGAUAAUCUGAAAUGCCAAAUGAAGUCUAGACUCUUGUUCUGGAUCAGUGAGAUAGAUACACGCUUCCGCGAUAUGGUUUUACUGGUAAAGGAAUGGGCAAAAGCACACAACAUAAAUAAUCCAAAAUUUGGGACUUUCAAUUCGUACUCUCUCACUUUGCUUGUGGUCUUCCAUUUUCAGACAUGUGCACCUGCAAUUUUUCCACCCCUUAAAGAUAUAUAUCCAGGAAAUCUCAUUGAUGAUCUUAAAGGCUUGAGGGCUGAUACAGAGAGACGUAUUGAAGAGACAUGUGCUGCUAAUAUAAGAAGGUUUCAGUCAUACAAUUUGAGGGCAGAAAACAGAAGUUCUUUGUCUGAGCUUUUCAUUUCAUUCCUUGGGAAGUUUUCUGACAUCAGUUUGAAGGCUUCGGAAUUAGGAAUUUGCACUUAUACUGGACAGUGGCAAGCCAUAAAAAGCAAUAUGAGAUGGUUGCCCCAAACUUAUGCCCUAUUUAUUGAAGAUCCUUUUGAGCAGCCGGAAAAUUCUGCGAGGGCUGUUAGCAAGAGGGAAUUGACAAGGAUAUCAGAAACAUUUGAGAUGAGCCACCACAUGCUCAUCUCACCCAAUCACAGUUCGCUUCUCGCCACCCUAGUCCGACCUCAAAUGUUAAGCCUCAUGGUAAGAACACCGGACUGGCGCCGCCAACCAACUCAUCCACAACGUUUCAGGGCUGAGGGUUCACAUUCACCAACACCAAGCAACAACAAUGGCCCCCGACAACCAACUCGUCCUCAGGUGCACAGGGUGGUGCGCUCGCCCUCACAAGUGCAACCUCAAUAUCAGACGGUGAAGCCAAAAGGCCCCUCAGAAGUGCAACCUCAAUAUCAGACGGUGAAGCCAAAAGGCCCCUCACAAGUGCAACCUCAAUUUCAGACUAUGAACCCAAAAAGCCAUCCCAACAGGGCAACCUUUAAAAAACCUCCUCUGCAGACAUACGAAGAUCAACGGCAGCAAAUAUGGAGACCAAGAUCUGAUAGACCAGUGUGAUUUGUGUUUCUGCAUUCAGAUUUUCAUUGCCUGGUUUUUGAUUGAAAAGUAAGAAAAUGUAGUUCAAUUGGAUUGAUGCCCUUCCAGAAACCUUUCAAGUAUGCGAUCGAUUCUUUGUUAUUGACCGUUGGCUUCCCCACAAUCCUGAAAAAUGAGAAUUACUAAAUAUAGGGCAUUUAUGAGUUUCUUUGAUCUAUCUAAAGAUGCCAUUUAGAAAUUA